AUGGCCGAGCUCCCCUCGAAGGUGCACCUCCACUCGCACCCCAUCUGCCUGAUGCUCCGUGGGCCCUCGGUGUAUGAGGACGAGAACCAGCGCACGUGGCUGCAACUCCUCAUGGAGACAGGAGGUGUCCUGCAAGUUCGGUUGCGCCAGGAAGGCAUCCCCAGUGGGUAUAUCUCACUCACCACCAGCCCUCUGACCUCGAUCACCAUGUGGACGCUUCACCCUUGCGGCCAGUACGUGGACACCAUGUGCCGGUUCUGGCGCAUCGUGCACCACGUCAAGGAGAAUGGAGUGGAGGAAAUGAUCCUUGAGCUGAAGGAACACUCAUAG